GAGUCUGAGCAUAAAAACAAGCGAGUGGGCGUCCACGGCAGUUUGCUGCGGAUCUUCUCUGCGCUGCGGAAACUUUCCACAAAAAUGGUGCAACAGCUCUCCAAAUCUGGAGCAAAAGAGGCUCAUCUGCUCAAAGCUGGGCAUCCACCAGCAGUGAAGGCAGGAGGAAAACGAGUUGCCAAGAAAACCCUGGAGGAUGGAUCUGGCCAUGGGACUCCUGAGAAAGAGACAAAGAGCCGGUCUCUUGCCACCUCCAACAGGAUGCAACAAGUUGGGCUUCUUCUGACUGGGACUCUUGACAAGCUGAGUCAUGACUUUCCAGAGACCCCUGUGAGCGUGAGGCACAGCAAGGUGCGUCCUGCUGUGGAAAGGUCUCACUGCCCCCGGACCUUCUGCAUCCAGCAGCCCAGGAAGUGGUGAAUUUGCCUAAGAAUACCCCAGAGUCUGUUGUGUUCAGUAGGUUGUCAAACGUUAAACUCUUGAGGGGAAAUGGCAGGUGUUCUGUGAGGUGCUGAUUUAAACUGUUUACUGUUUAGAAGAAAAGCAACUUUCCUUUUGUGCUAAGCUUUUGAAGAAGAAUCAUGAUCUGCUUUUCUUUUCUAUUUUUUUUAUAUCUUUUUGAAAAUGCUUUAGUUUUGCUUGCCAACUUAUUGUGGGGAAAUGCAUGAGAAAUGGGUUGAAGUAAGUUGAUUUAUGGAUUAGAGGCAUGUAGGUGAAGCUUAAAAAGCAUUUUCUCUUGUUUAUAAGCUUUCUAUGCAUAACCCUGCAUUGUAGAUUUGUAUAAAAAAAAUAAAUAGGCUAUCACAGUU